GAAAACAGUUGUUUAAAUUUCUAAUUCAGUUGUUAAUUGUUCGUAUCCCAGAGUUGGAAUUAGAGAGAAUAAUGAUAAAUUGUCUAAUCUGGUUUAAGAUUCAAAAGGAUAUCUAAGCUCAACAUCUUUCGUUUUAAGAGGAAAAUUUCCAUGUCUUAACUACACAAGUUCCGACAUUCUGAUGAUGUUUAUAGUUUUUUUCUUGGCGAUACCGGAAAAUGAAUAUUGAAGAUGUUUAGUCUCUCUCAGUCUGUCUCUCUCUCUCUCUCUCUCUUGUAGGUUUCUCAUCCACCUUCUAACUACUACCCAGCUACUAUUACCUAUUUGAUGUUGCUUACUUUCCCCUUGUCUGUUACUUGUCUAAGUGUUCCCAUUGGUACAAUCAAUGCCAUUGACCAUCUCAGCUGACACACAAACAACUGUAUCUUUUUCUUUGGGUGUUCUACAUAAUUCAUGUACUAUUGAAGAAAAUUUUUCCAAGUGAACUUUAAACGAGCGUAUUUACCGUUUUCAUUUUAUUGAUAAUCUUCAUCUUUACUUGUUAAUAAUUAAUUUAUUCCCUGUGCAUCUGUGUAUUAACCAUUUGACUUCACCAAAAGCAACCUUACUAGUAUCAAGGAGGGGUAAUCAUAAUCAGUAAGGAAAAAGGCUCAACGAUGAAUCCAGAUCCAGAAGAGAGACGUGAUUAUGUUUAUAAUCAACUUGAUGAAUAUGGGCGAUUAUACAUGAAUUGUUUGGAAUUAUUUGUUCAUAAACUUUGGUGUCGACAGAAAAUGUUAUUUCGUAAUAACAAGAUUUAUGAGGAAAAACUGGCCACCAUCAGUGAAGUAAUUGGAGCUUUAACUGCCUCUGAUCAGAUUGUUGCUGCAAACAAGAAUGAAUCUGAACGAUUGGAAUCAACUAUUCACAAAAUUAAUGAAAUAAUUUACAUACCCCCUCCACUUGAUCGUAAUGGACUUUCCUUGGUUAAUGAUUUACUAGUUAAAGAGGCAACGGACAAUUUUGCAAAAUUUCACGAACCUGCCAAUUAUUCGGGUUCCUUGUGUGAUCUACCCAUUGAAGAAGGGCCAUUAAACCUUAAUUUAUCCUCGUGCAAUCAAUCCAAAGGCAAUAGAAUGACUGGAGUCAUUAAAGGUUCCUCUUUCCCGUUAACCACCUCAACAUCAACCACUACCACUAACAUUCCAAGUGCUGCAAUUCCUUUGACAACUAAUCAUUACCAUUCUCUUCCCAAUUCAAACAAUAUCCCCUCGCAGUCUCUUGCACCAACACCAGUAACUUUAUCAUCUACUUCAACCUCGAGUUCGAUUCCAUCAUCAUCAUCAUCAUCAUCAUCAACUCCAUCAUCAGUUAUCAAAACAAACACCUCCUCUUCAAGCUCUCAUCGCCAAUCUCAUCAACAUCAACAACAACACCACCAACACCACCACCAGCAACAGCAGCAACAACAACAACACAAUCAUUCACAUCACCACCAACAGAAACAAUAUCAAAGUAAUGGUACUAAUACUACUAACAAUGGAAGCAUUAAUAGCGAUAAUAAGUGUCCUUCGAAUAGUAAAAGAAAAAUGGAAAAUGAAAAUGAGAGUAAUAACCAUCAUCUAAUGCGAUUCAAAAUGGGACGUGAUUUUGAGCUUCAUCCAGAAGAUGAGUCAUAUGUUGAGGAACAAAUAACAGCGGAUAGUUAUGAAAUUGAAGAAGAUGAAGAAGAUGAUGAAGAAGAAGAGAUUGAGGUUGAUAUGUCUGGUAAUUCAAUACAAUCUUAUCUAAACACUCGUGAACCCAUAGGUGCCUCCAAUGGUAAUAAUAAUAAUAAAGAUCUUUCCCACCAACGAAGUUCCGUUUUACGUCGUUUCCGUCGGCCAAUAGUGGAUAGUGAGAUCGUUAAAUGUUGCAUUCAAAUGGGCUGUAGAUAUUUGGAGCGACAAAAUGCUAAUCAUAUGAGGAAACAUUAUCGCUCCUGGCAUAAUGAUAUAGCUUAUCCAAAGAAUCCCUAUGUAAAGGUUGACAUGACAGCGGAAGCAAUAACCGAGCAUCUAGAAGCCUGGAUGUUACAGCGGAAAAAUCGUCAACAACGAGUAACUAUCAAAAAUAGUGAAGUUUUAUGAGACCAAAAAAAAAAGAUUAUCAACCAGAAAAAGCUACAAAUUGAUAAAGAGAAAAAUGAAGAAAAUCAUUAUCAUCAAGGAUGAAAACCACCUCAUCAUCUCUCCUCCUCCUCCCAACAACAUCAACAUUAUGCCAAUAAAGCAAAGAGCAAGUAAAUUAAAGUGAAAACAAGUCAAAACCAGAAACAUUGGACAAAGUAACAGCAACAUCAACAAAUCAAUGGAUUUGCUGUUAGAUGCUAAUAUUGAACAAGAUUGUCUCUCACUGGAGAGAUUGACAAACAGAGGAACAUGGAAAGAAAAGUUAAAGUGCUUAUCCUAACACUCCAAAAGAAAAACAUUCUAAUACCUCACCUAGAAUCAACUCUAAACACAUGACAUAUUACAAAAAAGAACUAUCAAUAAUUACUAAAUUAUCAUGAUCAUUAUCAUCAAUAUCGUCAUCAUCACCUUCACCAUCGUCGUCUCUAAACUCUCAACAUUUUUUUUUCCUUCUCACUUUGAAUAUUUUCUUUCAAAAAUUUAGGACUAAUAAGCAAAUUCCCACUGCAAGUUACAUUACGAAUUCAAAUUAAUAUUGAAGUCCAAUCAUCAUUGGACAAUUGUUACGUUUUUUGUUUUAUUUUCCAUAGAAUUAAUUAUUCAUCAUCUUGUUGGAAAGUUAUUAUCGAUGAUUAGAUCUUCCAAAGUCAAUUUGAAUAACGAUGGUGACAACAGCUUCGAUGACGAACACGAUGACUUUGAUGAUUAAGAUGACAAAUUGAACCAUAAAAAAAAUCAUCAUACGAAAAAGAUGAAUAUGAGUAAUGAACAAGACGGAAAAGAUUGAAAUGAAAAUCUUGAUUACAUUAAGAGUGCAAUGACCAUAUGUAGAAGCCUUAAGUAAGCGAAAAAUCACUUACCUAAUUGAACUAAUUAACUAAUUGCUACAAUGAUCUAAGUCGCUAUUCUAACAUUCCUAAAAAAUCAAGUACAAAAUUAUAUAAGUUAUUAUUCAUACGACGACGACGACGAAGACGAUAACGAUAACGAGCUGAAAUAUAAAAAAUCACAACAUAGUCGAGCAACUAUUUUGACUACAAUAACAAUUAACCAAAAAAAAAAAAUAAUAAAUUAACAUAAAAUACAAUUAAUGUAAUUUCAAAAAUUGAUUGUUAAAAAGCAUCACAAUCCCACUUUUAGAUUGAAACUCAUCUUAUACAAUUCAUUGGAAAAUUAAAAAUUAAUUGUAAUUGUGGCUCGAGAUAGAUUAUUAAAAAUCACCAAAAUAAAUUAAACCAUUUUGGACAAAAUUUGAUUGCGAUCGAGGAAAAUUUUUCCUCUAUUAAGUUUUAUAAAUUAAUUAAA